AUGAGAGCCACAAGAUGGGGUUACUGCUACAAGCUCUUGCGAGGCACGCUCCCUUUUCACAUUAGAGACCUCCACAAGAAAUACGGCGACGUGGUCCGCGUCGCCCCCAACGAGCUAGCCUUCUGCAACGUCGCAGCCUGGAAAGAAAUCAUGGGUCACAGAGUCCAUGGGGCCGCGGAGUUCGAAAAGCAUCAAGGAUUUUAUCGCCCUCUCUCAGCUCAGCCCACCACCGUCGUCAGCUCCAACGGCGAUGAGCAUACAAUGCUCAGACGACACCUCUCUCACGGGUUCAGCGAGCGUACCUUACGGGAUCAGCAGCCUUUAAUCAUGAAGUAUAUCGACCUCAUGAUCCAGAGGCUCCACGAGAACUGCGUUUCUGGAGAGGCUGUUGAUAUAAUGGCGUGGUAUAACUUUACGACGUUUGAUGUAAUCGGAGACCUUGCGUUUGGUGAACCAUUUGGGUGCCUAGAAAAUUCGGAAUACCAUCCAUGGGUCGCUAGUAUCUUCCAAGUGGUAAGACUCGGUGUUGUGAUGCAAACCGCAAACUACUUUCCUUUUUUAAAGCAUGUUCUUUUUUCUCUUCUCUUGACAAAGGCUAGAAGGAAAAGCAAGGGGGCAAACGUCGCCAGGGCCAAAGAGAAAUUGCAACGACGUAUUACUGUUGGAAAGAAGGAGGGUGGACGGCCAGACUUGAUCGAGGGGUUACUUAGAAAGAAAGAUGAGCUUGGCAUCUCUUUUGAACAGCUUGUGUCAAACAGCAGUGUUCUCAUCACCGCAGGCUCAGAGACGACAGCCACGGUACUGGCGGGGGUAACUUAUUUCCUCUUGGCAAACAGAGAAUGCCUAGAAAAAGUGACGCAAGAAGUUCGAUCAACUUUCCAACUGGAAACGGAUAUCGACAUCAUCUCCGUUGGAAGGUUGCCCUACAUGCUCGCUUGCUUGGAUGAAGCACUACGCAUGUACCCACCAGUAGCGUUAGGUUUACCACGUGUGACGCCCAAGGGCGGAGCUACUAUCAACGGGAAAUUUGUGCCAGAGAAGACUAUCGUUGCAAUUCACCAAUGGACCAUUCACCAUAAAGAAGAAUACUUUAAAGACCCUGACGAGUAUCACCCGGAGCGGUUUUUAGGCGACGAAAAGUUUGCUACCGACAACAAAAACGCGUUUCAGCCAUUUCAUAUUGGUGCGCGAAACUGUCUGGGGCGCAAUUUGGCAUACGUGGAGAUGCGCCUAAUUCUGGCGCGUUUGCUGUGGAACUUUGAUGUCAAGCUUGCACCAGGGUACGAAGACUGGUCGAAGCAGAAGAAUUACAUCUUGUGGGACAAGACCCCGUUAAAAGUUCACCUGACACCAGUGAUUAGGUAG